CUUAGUCCGUUCCAGUGCCUAUUUCACUCUUAAAACCAAGUCCUUCUCAGUCGGAUUGCACAGCAGUCUGUCUUCCAGCUGAACCAAACCUCAUUACCCGAUACUACAAUGUCUCUACCCACUGCACCUCUUGGUCGCGAUGGCCCUCAAGUCAACCGCCUGGGAUUCGGUCUCAUGGGCUUGUCCUCCUUUUACGGAAAACCGAAGCCAGACUCCGAGCGUUUGGCAAUGCUUGACUUGGCCCACAAGAUAGGCGAACGCUUCUGGGACUCUUCUGAUGUUUACGGCGACAACGAAGACUUGAUAGGACAGUGGUUUAAGGCCAACCCCGAGAAGCGCGAGGAUAUCUUCCUUGCUACCAAGUUUGCUUUCAAGAACUCGACCGGCACGAUCGACACUUCUCCAGAACACGUCAAGGUAGCCAUCGAGAAGUCUCUUCAGCGUCUCGGAGUCGAGCAUGUCGACCUUUACUACUGUCACCGUGUCGACCAGAAGACGCCGAUCGAACUCACUGUGCAAGCCAUGGCCGACCUUGUCAAUCUCAAGAAAGUAAAGUAUCUCGGCCUGUCAGAAGUUAGCUCUGAGACUCUACGAAGAGCGCACAAGGUCCAUCCCAUAUCCGCCGUACAGGUCGAAUACUCCCCCUUUGCGCUGGAGAUCGAGAGCAAGCAGAUUGAUCUACUGAAGACGUGCCGCGAGCUUGGUGUGGCGGUUGUAGCCUACUCGCCUCUCAGUCGCGGCAUGUUGACUGGCGCCAUCAAGAGCCCAGACGACUUUGAGGAAGGCGACUUCCGUCGCUAUGCGCCCCGCUUCAGUGCCGAGAACUUCCCCAAAAACCUUAGGCUCGUGGACAGCAUCACUGAGAUUGCAAAGGAGAAAGGUGUUACGCCCGGUCAGUUGACACUGGCGUGGUUGAUGGCACAGGGUAACGACAUCUUCCCCAUCCCGGGCACUACCAAGCCUGAGCGCCUGGAGGAGAACGUCGGGAGUCUGAAGGUUGAGCUAAGUACGGAGGAGGAACAGAAGAUUCGCAAGGCGUGUGAAGAGGCAGAGAUUAGCGGUGGACGCUACCCUGAGAGCUUUAUGAAGAUGUGCUAUGCCGACACGCCUUCGCUGGAUCAGUACCGCGAUAGUGGUGCGGACAAGACGGGGGCUGAAGGAAAGCCGACCAACACAGCAGAUAUCAUUGGUGGAUCAUAGAGUAUCACAUGGAACGAUAAAGCGCAGAGAAUGCUUAUAGACCUGGAGUGUUCUAGGAAACGAAAGCCAUGUAGUUAUGCGUUCAAUUGGACACUCUGGCCUUUCAACUCUCGUGUCGCAUACCAAAUGAAACUGUAAGCUAGGUCGCGUAGCUGCCGACUGACCAUGUAAUGAAUGUAGGAGCGAAAGAAUACAAAUACUCCGAGAAGUCUCCCUAGUUUCAAAGCU